AUGGAAUUGAACUACUUGCCUAACAUUGCAGUAGUAGGAAAGGAAAAUCAAGCAGUUGAAGUAAUUUGUAAGGAUAGACAAAUUGGAUCAAUCAUCCUUCAGUCCUAAGUUGAAGAUAUUGAAUCUAUCAUUACCAUAAUAAAAAUGAAUCCUUUAAAACUAAGGCUACUUUAACGGAUUUUUAUUAGGAUUGCUAAAAUGAAUCAGAAUGGAGGAAGUAAAUUGAGAAAAUAGGAAAGAGAACCAAGAUCUUUGGUCAAAAUGCUUUGA